CUCCCGGUCACGGACAACAUGAAGGGCGCCCCGGUGUCACUGGUCUUGGACCAGGACGUCACCCUUGCGGAGGAUGCCGAUCUGACUAUCACGCUCCUCGGGCCCGCUGAAGAUGGCGUCAAGCACGUCACGGAGAUCCGCGUCUCGACGGAGGUUUGCCUACAAUCGAACUACCUGAGGACGGUCAUCAAGGCCUCGGAGGACCCGACGGAGAUCACUCUAGGCGGCGAAUUGAAGCGCGAAGGCGCAAACAAACAUGGUCAAGAGGAGGGCGAGAACAAGGAAGGUGCGCUCGUGUGGUUAGCUCACCUGCACAAGCUCUCCGACCAGCGCAUGAAGGAGAUCGGUCUUCACGAGAUCUCGGUCACGGGCAUCUGUCAUGCUAUCCGCCUGUGGAAGUGGCAUGAGCCGGGACAGCCCCUCGACGUACUUCAGCCUUGGUUCAACAAGGUCUAUGAGACGACGAUCAACGGCGCAACUCUCGAUAUCGAUUCGGCUAGGCUCCUGGCUCUGCCGUGUCAGCUCUUCGAUCAUGCUGUCGGAUUCGCCCGCGUCACGAAGUUUUUGGCGUACAACCAUAUCGGGCAUAUCAAGGAGCGGCAGCCGAAGGGCUUCAAGGCUAAGUUCCUGCACUUGGCUCCCGCCGACUUUGUUGGUCCAGCGAACCACGCACGUGGUGGAUUGAAGACCACUCUCCACAAGAAUCUCUGGAAGAAGGCUGGUAGCGUCUUGCGGUUCGAGACCGCUGCCUGCAAGUGUUGGGACGCCACCAUCGGCCAAUACCUGGCAGCGCUCGUGAAGAUUGAUACCUUUCCAGUGGACGACGUUAUCCCGCGCGCGAGCAUCAAUGACAUUGUCGCACGCCUGAAGCAAUUCGAGUUCGACUAUAUUCCCGCGUGCAAUCGUUGCCGUAGUAUCGACUGGGUCUACGUCGUCCGCAAAACUGUGGCGGCCACCGAGGCAUACUUCGACGGUCUGUGCCUGGAUUGCAUGGAUCGGUCGAAGCCGAAGGGCAAAGAUCUGGACGACGAGUACUGGCGCCACAAUGAGAGCAUGGGUGGGCGGUGGGACACUCGGUGCCGGAUCAAGCACAACCAGGCAACCUGGUAUGUGUCGUGGCUCGGUAGGGAUGAUACGCGCCAGAAGCUUCUGAGGGGCAACGACGGUUAUCGUCCGGGAGACGAGGGAUGAAGGCUUGAUGUGUGUCUGUGGCCUCACGACGUAAUUGAACCGGGAGGGCUUCAGGGGCUUAUAC